AUGAGGCAGCACACACAGGUCGAGUGUGCUUGCGCGCAAAGCUCAAAGCUAUUCCAAAAGCAAUUUCUGUGGCUGAGGUGGCCAUGCGGUGCGCAGCCGACAAUGGGUUUCAGUGCACUUCAAAGGCCGAGCUCCUGGGAAUGCGCGAGGAGGGCGCCAACAGGCGAGGGGCCAUCCAGAUCGAGAUCUGCCUGCAGUUUCACCCAGCAGAAGCCAAUUCAUAAGGAUGCUGGGCUUUCCGCUUGCGCGACCGGAGCUUCACCCUUGCACGGAGCAAUAUGCAGCAAAGACUGCCCCAUGCUAGAUUCAAAAGGGUCGACACACUUGGGCAUGUGA